AUGUCUACAUUCCUCACCCAGUCAGCUCCCAAUACCAGCACUUCAAUGGCCCCCACCUUCCUGUUGGUGGGCAUGCCGGGCCUGUCAGCUGUACCCUCCUGGUGGGCGAUAGCCCUCCUCACUGUCUACCUUCUCUCUGCCCUGGGCAAUGGUGCUAUCCUCUGGAUCAUUGCCCUGGAGCCCGCGCUGCACUGCCCAAUGUACUUUUUCCUCUUCCUGCUCAGUGUGUCUGAUGUUGGCUUGACCACAGUCCUGAUGCCCACCCUGCUGGGUCUUGCUCUUGCAGAUGCUCAUGCUGUCCCUGCCUCAGCUUGCCUCCUACAGAUGUUCUUCAUCCAUGUCUUUUCUGUCAUGGAGUCUUCUGUGUUACUCACCAUGGCCUUAGAUCGGGCACUGGCCAUCUGCCGCCCUCUCCACUACCCAACACUCCUCACCAGUGGCAUUGUUAGCAAGAUCUGCCUGGUCAUUGCUUUCCGAUGUCUGGGUCUCCAUCUGCCCCUGCCAUUCCUCCUGGCCCACAUGCCCUACUGCCGUCCACAGGUCCUGACCCAUUCCUACUGCUUGCACCCAGAUGUGGUCCGUCUGGCCUGCCCUGGAGCAUGGGGUGCAGUCUACAGCUUCUUUGUGGUCCUGUCAGCCAUGGGGUUGGACCCCAUGCUUAUUUUUCUCUCCUAUGGCCUAAUUGGCAGAGUGUUACAAGGUUUGGGAUCCAGUGGGUAUCGCUGGAAGGCUGGCCAAACCUGUGCUGCCCACCUCUGUGCAGUACUUCUCUUCUACAUGCCCGUGAUCCUCCUGGCACUCAUCGACCAUCUUCGGGUGCCAGUCCCUCAGCCUGCCCACACUCUUCUCUCCUAUGUCCACUUCCUGCUUCCUCCAUUGAUAAACCCUGUUCUCUAUAGUGUCAAGAUGAGGGAGAUUAGACAGAGGAUACUCAAGAGGCUGCAGCCCAGGAAGGUGGGUUGUGUUCAGUGA